AUGAACGCAGCGAUAGCAGAGGCUAGUCGAAUAAGGAAGUUGGCACCCGAGCUCGGCGUCUCUGUGCAGAACGCGUUCGGGUCCGCAGCAGAGGUUGCCUUAACUGAGGAGAAUUCUAUCGAAAUGCUGGAAGUGGACAACCCUGUGUCCAAGGACCAGACUCGGAGCCUGUUGGGCAUUUUUUCCUACGUUGGAAUAUUGCCAUCCAGCUUUCAAUCAUGUGCGAGUAGUAUGGCGAGUGGUACGUUCGGUAGUGAUAAAAAUACGCAAGUCGCGAUACAAGAGCAGGCAGAGGACGUUAAGGUUUACACGGAGGUCCCUACUGGGAUGGAUAGCGAGAAAUCUGCGAAACAGAUGUGGAACCUAAUUGACGGUGCUAUGUUGACGAAUUGUGCUAGCCGGGCCAGUAUUAACAGCGGGGAUAUCCCGAUGAUGGAAGUACAGCAGGCGAGCGAUCCGGGCAGUGCUCCUACGACUCAUAAGAGCGCCUCUCUACCAUGGUAUGCAUGGUUGCUUAUCGCUAUUGGUAUUGUCAUCGUUAUAGCAGCUUGUGUUUAUGUUUGGUGGCUUCUGUCAUCGAGACGGAAACAACGUGAGAAGCAAGCUAAGAUGUCGGAGUCUUGUGAAGGAGCUGGUGAGGGUAGCAGUGAGAGAGGAUUGAUCUCUGGUGUUGCCCCUGCAACAGGGUAUGUCGAUGAUGAUGCCGCAACAGCAACUGUCACGGGAAUAGGUAGCAUAUCAACCCAUGCGAGACUGCCUUCAUCUGCAACUCAUCGAGCCUCGGUACUGGCUGAGGUUCCCACAGCAGUAGUGUCUGUGAAUCCUGAUGGUUCGCUUACCCCUCGGUUACCUCUGGCGCCCAAGAAUCCCGCACCCAAGUCCUCGAUCUCUCUCAUCGCGUCAACGCCCAACUCGCACCCUCAUUGGGAUACCACACGUUCUCAUGAGGCCCCAUACUGAACCAUAGUUCAUACCACUCCACCGUUACAUUAAGAUCAUUCGCGCGCCAUUCACAGCAACACGAGCUGCUAGGGCUGCCAUUGCUGUAGUUUUCUUUGUGUAAUUACUAACUCUUGACCUAUAUCCGCGACUGUAUGUCAUCGGUCUAAUACUGUAGUCUAGCUUUGUGGACCACCCUCUCCGGUUCUAUUGUACUGUAGCCGGUUGCAUGCCCAACACAAUGUCUCUAUGCAGGCUCGAAUUUUCCCGCUCCAUUUGACUCCUUCCAAGGAGGUUUACUCGAAAGGCUCGAGGCUAAUAGUGCAUGCAAAAGGCACAAGAUGUCGUCUCUUCGACUCUGCGAGUGGUAGUGUCAUGGCAACCUAGGUUGGUUGAACUGUCCUCCAAGUCGCGGAGAUCGUUCUGUCGGUUGUUGACACCUAUCAUUGCUCUAUACAUAGUUCUACAAUGUUACUUCUCAUAAGGAAUCAAUAACCCUUUUUCGCAAUGAUACUACCGCUCAAUCAUCCUCUGUCUCGGCUAAGAGCCAUAGCGGUGGCCAUUGGUGUACUUGUACUUUUCUUAUGCA